AUGAUCGCCUCUCAGCUUGUCAAUAUCCUAUACCUUCUCACCGCAUCCACUCUGACCCUGAGUGCCUCCAUUCCACCCUCCCAACCGACGAAACCAACCGUCUACCUGAUCCGCCAUGGGGAGAAGCCCCCGGAUCCCAGCGACAGUGGUCUCAACGCCGACGGCUUCAAGCGCGCAGAAUGUCUUCGUUCCGUCUUCGGCGCCGACUCACCAAAUGAUAUAGGAUAUCUAAUGGCACCACACAUUAAUUCCCUCGGCCAACACCGCCGCUCCUACGAAACCGUCCUCCCGCUCGCCCACGACCUCUCCCUGCCGAUCGACACCUCCUGUAAGCGCAAUGACGCGAAGUGCGUGGCGCGGAAGAUCCGUCACUACCGGGGGCCCGGCAAUAUCCUGAUCUCAUGGCGGCAUGGAAAGAUGGCGAAUAUCGCCCGCGCCUUGGGCUCGGAUGACCCACCCGUUUAUCCUGAAGAGCGGUUCGAUUUGAUUUGGACGAUUCCUUGGCCAUUUGACAACAUUACCUCGAUUGAGAGUGAGAAUUGUGUUGCAAUUAUCUUGUGUGCGCAGGCGGUGAAGGCGGUGAACAGCCGAGCGGAGAACCAGCAAUGCCAAGAUUUCAACCUGCCCACCCAAUUUUUUCAUGGUAUCGCGGCUUUCGUUACCUCGACCCCGAGCAUUGACAUUUUUUUUUCUUCUCAUCAGGAACGGUUGCGAGACCACGCCCAGGCCUUCGAUGGUCUGUUGUCGCUAAUCCCGGCAAAGAAUUACUAUGGUGAAGAUGGCAGUGACCAAUGGCAGCGGAAAAAGCAGACCAAGGAGCAAGCUCGCGAAGCCAAGCGGGCCAAAUUAGACCCCGAUAAUGUCAAGACGGCCAAGGAUGUGAUGGACGAAAACGCCCGUAAGCGCAAGCGGAACGAAGAGAAAGCUGGAGAAGACGCCUCGUCCGAGGACGGAGAACUUGGCUCCGAGCAGCCCAGAGAAGGUCUGAAACGUGGUGACGCAAAGUCCAAGAAGCAAAAACAGGCCGAGGACUCGGCAAACCCGGAUGCCCAGGCCAAGUCGAACGAGGCCGCCGAAGCGCGCAGAAAGUUGAAGGAAGAGAAGAAGGCACAGAAGAAGGUCAACCAAAAAGAGAAGAAGAAGGCCAAGGACGCUGCUAGGAAAGCGAAGGAGGUCGAGCAAAAAUCCAAGCAGGACCAAACAUCUACCACUGAAGUUGCGCAUGAACCAGAGUCCACCCCUGCCAGCAAAAAUGAUGACAACGAAGUGGAGGCUGAGGACAGCGAUGAGAGCGACGCUGCCGAGGGCGUUGUUCCCGAAGAGGGGCUCUCACUCGAGUUUAACGAAGAACCCGAAUCCUCUUCUUCGUCGACCCCCAAUUCCUCUGGCUUUGAUGCGUCCAAUCCCCAGUCCGGCAGCUCUUCCAUCUCCUCCGUCGCCCCCUCGACCGAUGCCCCCAAGUCCUCCACCUCCAACGACCUCAAGCCCCUCAAGGCCACUUCCGAACAGUUGAAGCAGCGGCUUCAGAAGCGCUUGGACGAGCUCCGGGCUGCUCGUCACGCCGAUGGAUUGAAUGGCAAGCCCGCCCGCAACCGCCAAGAGCUUAUUGAAGCGCGCCGACAAAAAGCCGAGCAGCGCAAAGCGCACAAGAAGGAGCUGCGUCAGAAGGCUCGCGAGGAGGAACAGCGGCUGAAGGACGAGGCCAUGGCCCGCCGCUUCUCUCCCGGCGGAUCCGGCUCCCUUCUUGCCUCUCCGCGCUCCCCUGCCGACUCGGUUGGCUCUUCCAGCAAUGCCAACUACUCCUUCGGUAGGGUCGUCUUCGGCGACGGCCAGCACGCUGACCCCACGCUCCAGAACGUCCGCGAUCAGCCCAAGCGGCAGGGUGCUCAUCACGACCCGGCCGCCGCCCUCAAGGCUGUCGAAGCCAAGAAGGCCCGGCUGGCCUCCAUGGACGAUGAGCGGCGGGCCGACAUCGAGGAGAAGGACAUGUGGCUGAACGCGAAGAAGCGUGCCCACGGCGAGCGGGUUCGCGACGAUACUUCGCUGCUGAAGAAGGCCCUCAAGCGCAAGGAGACGGCCAAGAAGAAGUCCGAACGUGAGUGGAGGGAGCGUGUCGACGCCGUCAAGCACGGCAAGGACGUGCGCCAGCAGAAGCGCGAGGAGAAUCUCCGCAAGCGCCGCGAGGAGAAGGGAGGCAACAAGGGCAAGAAGAAGCCCGCCGCCGGCGGAGGCAAGAAGAAGGCCAGACCGGGCUUCGAAGGUAGCUUCAAGGCUAAGGCUGGUGGCGGUGGGAAGAAGAAAUAA